AUGCCCAUGGUCGCCGUGCGAGCCGAGCCUCGUGUUAUGAUGCACUGCAACGUGUGCCGCGACACUGCUUCACUUCAAAGGACAUCGGUCAGUAUCGACAAGUGGGUUAACGCUGAAUAUUUUAUCUGGGAGAUGUCCGCGGGGCUAGCUGACAGCGGCGUAAACCCACAGUGGACGGAGUUCUUCGAAGAACAAUACCAGGAAAAAUGGAUGCAGAUCCAGAGCGAGUUCGAGAGCAUAGCCGAUCUGCCCGAGAGAUUCCUCCACAAGGUUCCGGUCCCGCCCUUCCAGGUUGCAGAGGUGAGAAUCAAGACUAACAAAUUCCCGUGUUCUUGGCGGCUCCGUGCGAAUGCAGGCCGACACAUGGUUGACACGAGCUUCUGGCAUCUUUGGAAGUCUAUUCUCCAGCAAGAUUCUUUCAUUGUUGGGCCCUUUGACGUUAUUCUCAAAAUGCCAUCGCACACGACUGCCCGGGAGGAUCCUGUCGAUCCUUGGAAUAUGUCUCUAUCAAACGAUCGCCCUGGUGCUGCCAGUGAUGAUUUUUCCUAUCUUCGCUGGGACCAUGCAUGCAAUGAUUCCGCUCCAUUGGAUUUCACGUGCCUUGCUGAAGGAGCGCGGCGAGAUAGCAGCCCUCCAGCCCGCCGCGGCCGAUCACGCUCUACCUCAGCUAUUAGGGAACUGUCGCAACGCAUGCGAGAUUCUUUGUUUCCUUGA